CGGUGACAGGAGACAAGACAAGAGACAAGCUUGCCGCCGCGCAGUAUAGAGGCACAAUGAGUGUCAGGCCAGCUUCACAGAUAGACUCAUCGCCGCCGGCUGAGCGAUCAGGCCCAAGCCUGCAGACCAACUUCUUUGCUCAAGAGAGUGCCGGGCCCAGCACCUCUGCAGGCUCUGCACAGGAGGGAGACGAGUCGGACUACAAGCCUCGGAAGCGCAGGCAACCUGCGCUGUCGCGGUUCGAGGCAUGCAAACGCUGCCGAGCUCGCAAAGUCAGAUGCGACACCGUCAGACCGGCCUGUGGCCCUUGCUUGCGCUCGGCCAACGCGCAAGGCAUCGAUGUCCAUCUGGUCAUGUGCGAGUAUGACAAGCCAACGACAAACACGCCUGCACUCUUUCAUCCUAUGCCUCCCGGACCACCUUUGGGCGUUCAGAGUCAAGAGUCAGUCCGGCAAUUGACCACUUCCGCGCUAUACCCAUUAGAGCAAAAGAUUGCAUCAUUAGAACACGAGCUGGCCCAGUACCGUGCACAGGCUCCUGGCGUUCCUCCUUUCGGUCUGCCGCCCAUGACAAACGUCGCGACACAUGUCACGCAAAACUACAUCUUUCCGCCCAAUGCGCCCAUAUCCGCGGAGCCACCUUUUAUGAACGAGAUGCUCUAUCCCGCUUGGCCACCCUCGCUACCCAGCCCGCCAUUGGUGAUAUCCCUUUGCACUGCAUUCUUCUCGAAGCCCCACGUCUGCGGACAUACAAUCAAUAGAGGCAGAUUUCUGUCGUCGCUUAACCUCUUGCCGACUCAUCCUGACUUUCCACAUACUUGCUUGAUACAUGCAGUUUGCUGCGUUGGAUCCAUGCUGGUCUCCCCACACGCGUUCAAUCUCUCGAGAGAACCGUAUUGGCAACGUCAGCACGAUAGAUCGCCUGCAGACUACCAUGCACGCGUGGCUACAGAGACUUGGGACAACACGCUCGUACGCGGUGCGAAGCUUUUCCACGUAGCACAAGCCAUGUGCAUCAUCUGCUACUACACGUACUCUCGAGCAAAGUUUGUAGAAGUGUGGCUUUGGUCGGGUGUAGCGACCCGGCUAUGCACUCCACUAGGUCUCAACAAUCUGCAAAGACUAGAAUUCACGCGUGGCCAAGAUAUACGAGAUCGCCUGCGAAAGACGAAUUACUUGGCGCCAACAACAGAUCGCUAUGCCCAUCACGAACGAGCAGAAACAUUCUGGAUGUCAUUUCUUUGCGACAGAUUUGCGAGCGCCAAUACUGGCUGGGCCUCCGCAAUCGAUGAGGCAGAUGUGACGACGCUCUUGCCUGCACAAUACGCAGAGGCGCUCGAGCGCACCAGAGAGGACGUAGCAGUCGCAGCGCUAUCCAUCCACUCGUCAACCUUCUUCACAAGUCAUCCCGACGGACUCGUCGGUCCUCGUCAGCUCAAUAUCAAAGCUUUUGUCUUGUUGGGUCGGGUGGUCAACUUCGUCCAACGACUGCCUGCGCCUUUCGGACAUGGCGAGCCUGUGCCUGGGAGGCCGAAGUACGAUUACACAGCCGGCGUAGAGUUCAACAAGCUCGACGCAGAAGUCGUUGCGUUCCGACUCAGUUUCCCACCUGCGUACCGUCACUUCGCUCAAGCUUUGGGCGGCGCAGCCGCCACUAUCGACAUUGAGCUCGUCACUGCCCACGCCGUGCCCCAUUGCUGCACAAUGAUCUUACACGAGCCCUUUGUCAGCGCGCGUGAGCAUGAUCUGGCUAUGCGACGAUGCUUGCUCUCAGCGCGUGCGAUGUUGGCAAUGAUUCAGACGCUGCGCAACUCAUCCUUCGAGCUGGGCCUGCUUACGCCCUAUGUCGUCUUCUGUUGGUCGGUAGCCGGCAGGACGCUCAUCAGAGAGUUUGCAAUCAAGACUUCGCGAAGACUGCCGGCGGAUGACGUCGCGGCAGAAGUCAAUCUCGUCAUACAAGCAUUGGAACUUUUCGGCAUGCACUGUCCGCUCGGUAACGUCGUAGCUCAGACGCUGCGCCGUCUUUUUGCAGACCACGAGAGCUGUAUACCGAAGGACGAUGCGGCUUCUGCGGUCAAUGUGUCUACGAAUAUCGAGUACUGGCGAGAUCGUGAGGGACAAACCAUCCAGCCGCAGGCUCAGAUGGAGCCCUCACUCGUACAAACACCACACGGAGGACCACCACACUAUAACUUGACGCGCUAUGCGGCGUCCCUCGGUCCGCACACGCCGGCGCCCGAUCGCCCUCGAAGCGUCAACGGACGCGAUCUGUCGCAGAUCCUCUUUGAUCUCGAGCAAUCCUCGCAUUCACAAGCUCUCGAGCCCGGCCAGCUUCAAUCGCUGCUCGAUCACAUUGUUGUCGAACCCCACGUCCGUGCGGUGCGUUUCAACUCAGGCUGCGUCGUCCUGUGCGACUUGACGUCCAGUUCAGCCAUCAGCUCAAAAAUGUCAGAGGAUCAAUCGAGCUCGCCAGUAUCUGCUAGGUCGUUCCGCACGCCUGCCGAAUCGCAGUCGGAGGCCUCUUGGACUGAGCGUCGUCAAGACUCGCCCGUCAGUAGUCGAGGUCCCUUGCCAAUCCUCGCCCUCGAGCACUGGACAGUCAGCCAGGUAGAACGCUUCUUUGCGCACCAUGAUCUGGCAGCAGUCGGUGCCUUGUGUACCAAUCUUCAGAUUGAUGGCUCGUUGCUCGCUCACCUCGGGCAUGACGACCUCAAAGAACUUGGCAUCCUGAGCGUUGGCACACGCCUCAAAAUCCUCAGAGCAGUCUACGAUGUCAAGAUCGAAAGCUGUUCGGAGGUCGUAACAGGCGAUUGGUCACCGCCUUGUCCCUCGCUUGGGCCGCUUCGAUCGCAAAGAGAGUGUUAUAGUCCGCCCUCUACGCCGCCCGACCUCGUCUCACAUGACCAACAGCUGGUACUGAACGAGCUGUAUGGCUUGAGAGAGGAGAUACGGGAGCUCAAGGAGCUUGUCCGGCUAGCCCUGCCAAUUGAGCAUACCAGGGCGAUCUCGCCGGUUGCCGACGUCAAGCGGGCAGGUGUAGGGUGCAGUCAUCUGCCGCGGCUCAGUAAGGAGGAGCCUAGCUCGCCUGCCGAUCCGUCGCGCAGAGUGAACGCGCUUGGUGCAUCGCCAGAACCACCGCGUCAUAUCGACAGCCCUCGGCCAGUCAUCAACUAUACAGCUCCGCCUCAGACUCCGACAGCGAUAGACCAAAGUCCGCGUGCUCAAGUGUUCAGACAGAACGAGCAAUCAGCCAGGCCAGAAAAUCGCGCCGUCGAGAAAUUCCGCGCGAGUCCAGACAUGCGGCUUCCCUCGCCACGACAGAUGACACAAGCGGAACACGACCACACGAUCGAUACAAACAAGCCAGUCUCGAAGUUGUCACAGCUGACGCGUACCUUGCGAAUCGUGUCCAGCACCAAGACCGUCAGCCCUGUCUCGCCCGCUCUGCUAAGUGGCGGCAGCAGCAUGACCACUUGCGCACUGCAAGAGGCGCAGAUUGUCAAAUUCUCAACGGAGAAGCCGGCCCUUAAGCGUGCUCACAGUCUCGGCAAAAUGGGUGGUGGAAAUCUGCAGCUCAAUAGUGCAUCAAGCUCGAGCCCUUCGUCGCCUUGCUCGGUCUCACUCGGUCGCUCCAUGUCUGAGCGACAACCACUGCGCAGCUACUGGUAUGAACAGCGAUAUAUCCCAAAAUCAGCUCAAGCAAACUCGCUCACAUUCGACAACACCAAGCGAAUCGCUCGCUACGAGACUGACUUUGCUGGUCUGCGCAACAUUGCAAAGUCAGACGCGGCAAAGUCAUCGGAUCUGCAAGAAAUACUUCGGCAGAGUAAUUUUGCGGUGAGACCGAUGCGUAGUGCUCAGCAGUUCGCGCAUACUGCCCGACAAGCCAGAUCUGAGCCUAGCACGCCUCAAGCCGUUCCCGCACCUGCGCCUGCGCCGAGACUGAGCCGAUCAGCAUCAACAUCAGAGUCGAUAAGAGUCACAACGUCACCGACCGAGUAUCAGCCAGCAGAUCGUGAGAUACCACUCCUCAAAUCUGAGCAGACGCUACGACCCGUUGCCCAGCUCACUCGUAACGUGACGCUCUCUCGUCCGCGCGAAGCAGGCAAGCCUCGCGAAUCGCCUAGUCAUCACGACACGUGCUUUCAAAUCUUGCCUCUUGCACUCAAGAAGUACAACCUUCGCGGUGGCUGGCAAGAAUAUGUGCUCUUCAUACAGCAUGAUGGACCAGACGGGAAACCAAUGAAACGUUGUCUGUCGUACAAUGAGCGCCCUCGAGAAAUCUUUGAUCGUCUUAAGGAGCAGAACGCCAACCCGGUCUUCAGUAUCUCGCACCUACGCGAAAUGCGCUCUCCUGUUGCAGCACAUGGCGACGACACUCGUGUACGAGCCCCGCGGACGCCUCCAGCUCGCUCUGUAUCGUCCGCAACGCAACAUACACCAACUUCACCGAACGCGAUCGUUGUCUUCCCGCAUACCGCGAACAAGUCAGGCCAGAUUUCGCUCGACAUUGGCGAACGCUGCGAGAUUAUCGCAAGGGACGAACAUGGCAGCGUUUUAGUCCGCAAACGUUCGAGCUCCAACACUGGAUUGAUACCGUUGUCCUGCCUGCUGGAGCUCAAAACGGGCUUCGCUGAAAGCUGGUCCGAUGACCCAGAGGCAGUUCAAACUAAUUUUGUCAGAGGCAAAGCCGUGAUUCAUCUUGAUUGCGAGGGCGAGCACGAAGUCGGUCUACGUCAAGGCGAGCAAGUCCGCGUCUACUGCCGAGCUCAGCAUUGGCUAUACGUGGGCAAAGAGGACAAGACCGCUCGACCACGCAUGGGCUGGACACCUGCAUGGCUUGUAGAGCUGCUGGAGUAG